GCCAACCCUGCUCCUCUCCGCCUCGGCCUCUUUGGCUGUAGCCGCACCUCGGCUCCGGAGCGCAGGGCUUCGUGUGCCUCGUAGUGACAGGUGGAAAUCACGACCCAGAAGGGCACUAUGAAGCCAGUGAAGAAAACCAAAGCGGAGGAACCUGAAUUGGAGCCCCUGUGCUGUUGCGAGUACAUAGAUCGAAAUGGGGAAAAGAACCACGUGGCUGCUUGUUUGUGUGAUUGCCAAGAUCUGGACGAAGGGUGUGAUAGAUGGAUCACGUGUAAGUCCGUGCAGCCUGAGACCUGUGAAAAGAUCAUGGACACAAUCUCAGACCGCCUCCGGAUUCCUUGGCUUAGGGGAGCCAAGAAAGUUAACAUUAGCAUCCUUCCCCCACUGUUCCUGCUGCCUGUCUUUCUCCGCGUGGCUUCCUGGCAUUUUCUGCUUGGGGCGGUGGUUUUGACCUCCCUCCCCGUGCUGGCUCUGUGGUACUACUACCUCACUCACAGGAGGAAAGAGCAGACUCUGUUUUUCCUGAGCCUCGGACUGUUCUCUCUGGGCUACAUGUACUACGUGUUCCUGCAGGAAGUGGUCCCCAAGGGGCGUGUGGGGCCCACUCGGCUGGCUCUUCUUUCCUGUGGGUUAUUGCUCAUACUCUUCGCCUUGUACAGAGCCAAGAAGAAUCCAGGCUACCUCAGAAACCCAGCACCCAGUGACAGGGCUCUAAGUGGCAGCCAGGUCGAAUGCCUGAACAGAAAAGGGCCUGGGAAGCCCAAGGGGUUCCCCGGCGCAGAUCUGUCGGGCGGUCUCAACAACCGCACACCCAAGGACGAGACUAAGGACUCCCCGAGGACAUCGGCCGGAAGCCCGGCCAAAGGGAAGGAGGACUGGUGCGCCAAGUGCCAGCUGGUGCGGCCAGCCCGGGCGUGGCACUGCCGGAUCUGCGGCAUCUGUGUGAGGAGGAUGGAUCACCACUGUGUCUGGAUAAAUAGCUGUGUCGGAGAAUCAAACCAUCAAGCAUUUAUACUUGCCCUUUUGGUCUUCCUGCUCACCUCGGUAUAUGGGAUAACGCUGACCUUGGACACCAUCUGUACAGACAGAAGUGUCUUCACAGCUCUCUUCUAUUGCCCUGGAGUUUAUGCAAAUUACAGCUCAGCUCUGUGCUUCACCUGCGUGUGGUACUCUGUGAUCAUCACGGGGAGCAUGGCCUACAUCUUCCUAAUCCAGCUGAUAAACAUCAGCUACAACGUGACCGAGAGGGAGGUGCAGCAGGCCCUGCGACAGAAGACGGGGCGCCGGCUGCUCUGCGGGCUCAUUGUGGACACAGGCCAGUACAAUCGGGGCUUCCUGCGGAACUGGCACCAGUUCUCCACCCUGGGCAUGCACCCCUUCCACCACCCUGCCGAGGACAUUGUCUGA